AUGUCAGCGGGGCUGUCGCGCGCUCCGCCGCGAGCAAAGUUGUCAGCAAAUGACAAGCGGAAAUGGGAUCGACUGAAGGCCGACAGCGAAAAGGUGAAAGAGCUGAGGGCAGCUGUCCAAGCAUCGGAGUUCUACGACUAUUCCUCACCUACGGUCGUGGACUCUCGCGCACGAGCGCGGGCUCGUUUCGAGGAAUACGUCGAGGAGCAAUUCAACGUGUCUGACAUCGAGGGCAUCUGGAAUUCGGCCACAAUCACGGAUCGCACCAAAGAGUGGCUUGGUGCGCUCGCCGCUUCGCAGACGGGAACGAUAGAGGCGAAAAUGAAAGCGUCGACAUUGUGGAUUGCUAAGCAGGCCAUCUACUGGUGGUGUACUCGUUUCAUCCUGGAUUUCUCCACGGUUUUCCACGCAUGGCACAACAAGACCUCCGCUCAUAUUCAUUACAUCGCCGUGACCGAAGGCCUCGGCACCACUUUCCUGGAGAAGAACAACCUCUCGGACGUGGAGCUGUCCUUAUUUUUUCAGCAUAUCAUGCGGCAGUCCUAUGGCGUGCAAAAUUAUAAGCAACAUUAUGUGGCGAUGUUGCUGGCCUGGACGACAUCGGCGAGACCGGGCACCUUCACAGUUUCCAAGCGCUACCACAAGGGGGCACGUACAGGUAUCGAAGGUACAGUGCGUGAGGUCGCGCAAACACUUUACUGGAAAGACGUAGCUUUUCGUCGUCUCGAGGAUGGCGACAUCGCCGUCCGCGUAACGUUACGGUACCACAAAGGAUAUCGCAAUCCCCACGCAACUGGCGCCCACUUCGACCCGUCCAAGACCUUUACGUUCCUGCCUACGUUGGGCUCACGGUUUGAGUUUGAUCUCGCUUUGAUGCUGACGGGAUUAGCUUGGAACCGGGGGCUCUUCGUGGGGUAUCAAAGCCUGGAGGCUGUCCUUGACGGAGAGGAAGAGUUUCUGCGCACCAACGCCGAAAUCGAGGAGCAGGCGGUCUUUGUCCAAGCAACACGGGCGGGCGGAAUCGACGUGAGCAAGCCGAUGAGGAUGGACGCCCUCAACACCAAGCUUCAAGAGUUAUGCAUUUCGAUAGGUCUCAUGGUCCGGUACACAUAUUACUCUUUUCGAAGAACCGCCAUCAUCGAAACACUCCGUAAGAGUGGAUUGGAUGCUGCGAAACGUCUGGCAAACCACGCGCCCGGAACGAAUUCCGUAAAUGACUCCUACGAUAACGAAGGGUUGGCGGAUACAGAUAUUACAGCAGAUCGACUGGAUAUCAGCGAAACACGGAUGACGUCCAAGGAGAUACGCCAUUGGGCGGGACAGGCAAGACUGCGUUAUGACCCUGCUGCAUCAGAAGACUUUGUCGACUUGCGCGGAGCAUUGAAAGCUCGAGUGGCGGAAGCGAAACAGGACGACGCGCAAUACGUUGAGAUUGAGCUUGCACUGGCCAAUCUGUACCAACAGAUGCUCUUUAAAUUGGACCAUCUCAAGGAAACCGGUCGUAUGGAUGUUGACUGCGUAGUUCCGCACAUCUAUGCUUCUCACGCGGGGACACGUCUCCGUGAAAUGGCGCGACAGUACGGACUCCAUACAGAAGUCGCUGAGCUCGAAAUCUUUCUCAAAGAACGGAAAAUCGCACACAAGGGGAUACGAAAUCGGUUAACGAAUGACAUCAAGAAGCAACUUCUAGAAGAACACAAACAGAUCCUCAAGAUCAACAAGACCCAGUCAUCGCGCGCCAUUCCGGGCAAAGGGUAUCAGCCAAAAGCGGCCACUAUUGGCCUUGAGCGCGUUUCCACCGACAUGGAUCGAAGGUCCGCAGCAGUUGUGGAUACGGUUAAUGUUGACUGGACCGAGGACGAUGAAUCUGAACAGGAUCUCGACGAGGAAACCGUGGAGCGUCAUGAGACGCAUGAGGGCGGACGGUCGGAGCCUGCAUGCUGGGACGGGCUUGCCGAUGAAAUUACAAUUCGCGUGGACCGGAGCGACGGAAACUACGUAGAAGAACGCAAGCAACAAAAUCAAUCAGUCGAAAUGACCCACCAAGAACGGCGAAACGAAUUCCUAGUUAUGUGGGCAAUGAAAUCUGACUGCGAGAUGCCAAAUGCGAAAUUACAAUGUCGUUUAUGCCUAGCAGAUCCGACGCAACCGCAAAAGGCCAAGGAUACGUUAUAUAGCCAGAAGAGACUGAACAUGCAUUUAAGGUCAGGGACCCACAGCCGCAAAUCGCAACUGAUGCGUGCGAUCAACCUGGAGCUCAAAGCGCAGGAGAGAAAUAGCAUGUUACGAUGUCCAAUCUGCAACAAGAUUCCUCGUGGGUUGGUCGGCAAACUCUCGACGAAAAUGAUGGCGCACAUUGAAGAUGCGCACCCAGAAGAGCUGUGGAAUCCUGAAUCGACUACAGCCGAGGAAGAUGAUGAGGAGGAGGAGGAGGAGCAGAUGAUCGCGGGGCCAAGUCGGCGUUUUUCCCGUCCCUCACGCUUCGUUGUCGAUAGCGAUGCUGACGACAGCGACGAACCCAGUUCCACUACGGGGUACGCAACACGUCGUCGACCUGUUGUACAUGAAGACGAGGAUACUGAUGAAGACUUUGUCCCCGAGAAAAAGCCGCCGCGUUUCAGCGGCAAGGGAAAAGCCGCAAUCCGGGACUGAUGGAUAUUUUGCCGCCAUCAACUGCAUCG